AAGCAAAGCAAAGCAAGUUUACAUAGCAACAAAGCAAUGGCUUUAAACUUGUCCUUCUCUUCACUUUCAAUGAGUUGCAAAACCUCCCCUCCUUCAAAUCUUUGCAAACCUUCUCUUCUUGUCCCCAAAAGUGGCUCCGGCGUUUGUUUCCGUACUCCGGCAACCACCGGAAUUUCAGAAACUUUUUCCGCUUUGAAACAACAAAACAAAGUUGCAUUUAUACCGUAUAUUACUGCCGGUGAUCCUGAUCUACAAACAACUGCAAAAGCUUUGAAAGUUCUUGACAAUUGUGGAGCUGAUGUGAUUGAAUUAGGUCUUCCAUUUUUUGAUCCAAUUGCUGAUGGUCCUGUAAUUCAGGCUUCAGCAAGACGUGCACUAAAAAAUGGUGCAACUUUGAAGGCAAUCACUUCAAUGUUAGAGAAGGUGACGCCUGAACUAUCAUGUCCAAUUGCACUAUUUUCAUAUUACAAUCCAAUACAAAGCUAUGGUGCUCAAACAUUCAUUUCCAUGAUUAAAGAUUGUGGUAUACAUGGACUUAUAGUGCCAGACCUUCCAUUUGAAGAGAGUGCACAAUUGAGGAAAGAAGCUCUUAAGAAGGAUAUUGAAUUCACACUGCUUGUCACACCCACCACUGAGCCAAGCAGAAGGAAAGCAAUUGUUGAUGCUUCAGAAGGAUUUGUCUAUCUUGUAAGCACCACCGGAGUAACAGGAAUUCGGCAAAAUUUAAACUCUCAAAUCGAAUUUCAUUUAAAUGAAAUUAAAAAGGAAACAACUAAGCCUGUGGCCGUUGGUUUUGGUAUAUCACGCCCCGAACAUGUAAAACAGUUAUCAAGAUGGGGAGCAGAUGGUGUCAUUGUUGGGAGUGCAAUUGUUAAACUUUUAGGUGAAGCUGAAAAUUCAGAGGAAGGAUUAAGGCAUGUUGCAAGCUUUGUUAAGGCUCUUAAGGCAGCCAUGCCUCAAAACUCAUUGCAUGAAGAUCAAGACAAAGUUUCUAAAUCAAGUCUUGCAAUUUUCUAAGUGCUCUCUUAGUAAAACACUUUCUUGUACAUGCAUCAAUCGAAAUCUAUUUUAUGUUAACAUAUUUUCCCGUUUUUUUUUUGGGUGUAUAUGGAGGUCUCAUAUUAUAUGGGAUAGUGAGAUCAGAAAUAAA